AUGAUCAUCAUCAAGAUCCAUGCUUUUCGUGCUACUUUGUUUCUAAGAAAACUAAUUGUUAUAGUCGUUUGUAGUUAAUUUUUUUAGGAAUUUAUUACUGUUAAACGAUCGAAAUUUAAAAUAUUCUUCAUUUGAUCUCUCAAAAUAAGCAUUAAAAAUUGUUUUCUUUCCGAUUCAGCCGCGCUCCUUUUUGCACACCAGUCGUGACGUCACAAGGGAUAACAAACUAGCAAAAGAAAUCGCGAAAGAAGGUUUUCCGGAGACGAUAGUGCGAUUUAUGAGAAGUGCGUAAAAUUUCAAGCUACCUGAGAGCCGGAGUGGGGUCAGGCCUCAAUUCCCGUGCGGUCAGCAGGCCCAGGUCAACCCUGAAUAAAUAGACUUCGACGAGCAAAGGCGGCAAAGGCCGAUGGUGCGAAUAAGCUCAGCGCCGGUACCACAGCAGCUGGCAACAGUUCCAAGAAGAGAAUAGUUCUUGUUGGCAGCAGUCGACGGAGGGCACGGAGGGCGAGCACAGAGCAAGGAGAAAGGGGUCACAGGUGGGGUGCGCGCAGCAAGAAAACACAUACACAAAAAACUUGACUUGUCUAGAUAGACUUUAUUUAAAGCGAUUUAAAGUAUUGAUAACUUCAGCGUUGAUAGAUAAUUAAAUACAAUAUUUUUUGAUUUGCCAGUUUUCAAUUAAAUUUUAUUCAGAGGAGAGUAGUUGACGUUUCGGUGACAAUUUGGUCUUGUCAAUUUUACAAAGUCCCAUAUGUCUUUAAAAAAAAAAAAAUUUAAAAAAUUACGCUUUUGAAGAACAAAAAAUUUCAGUUUUUUUUACAUAAUUCCAUUAUACCCCAUAAUUAUUAAAAACAUUUUUUUUUACCAAUAUUUUUAAUUAUAUUCGGGACCAAAAUAUCCAAUUAAGGACUCCUUAUUGAUAUAGUCAAAUCAAGUCUUUACAACAAUGUAAGCCUUACUUAGCAAUUAAUAUAAAUUUAAAAAACCAUUGUUGUAAAGAUUGAUUUGACUAUGUCAAUAAGGAGUCCUUAAGUGAGGUUUAAUAAAUAAAUUUAAAAAAAAAUGCCUUUUAUAACAUGGAGAAUAAUUAAGCAAAAUUUCCAUUUUUUUUCCUUUCAAUCGCAGUCCCCAUGAGAUGAUAAUAUGUAUAUGAUAGAGAUAUCUGGUUCUGACAAUUCUUUGUGCUCCUUUAAUGAACUACAACAUCACACACAAGAAAGAAUUUUUUUACAACAAUGAAAUUGAGCACAAAAAAAGUAAUAAAAUAAAUAAAUAAAAGAGACCUCAACUUUUAACAAAAAUGUUUUUUUUAUAAAAAUUGUAGAAAAAAUUUAGAAGUUAAUUGAAAAAUACCAAAAUUCAACACGAAGUUAUUUCAUUUUAUUUUUGCAAAAAUUAUUAGCUUCAACUUUUGCAAACAUAACUUUCCUAAAUCCUAAAACGUUUAAAUAACACGGCAAAAAUGCCCUUCACUACAGCCAAUUUGGAGGGGAGACGUGAGAUUAUUUAAUUCUCUAGAAUAAAAUUUCAAUUUAAAACAGAAAUUUCCAAUAAUAUGGCAUGACAAUUAAAUAAUGUGUCUUUUUUGCAAAUCUACCAUAUUAAAAAUGCGACCCUGCGGAAGAUGUGCAAACAGAUAAAGUUGAAAGUGGAUGGGGAUGGGGUUUGGGGGCAAGUGCGAGGCGUUUAAUCUAAAAAUCACAUCAUCUCUUAUAUUUCUACGCACUCAUCAAAUAUACUUUGGUGGUGCACAAUCAAUAUCUUAAUGGCGGCAAUAAACUUAGAGGUAUACAAAUUUUCCUUCUAGUCUACAAUUUUUUUCUAUUAUUUCUUCUGUUUAGAAAUGUUUCAAAUAAAAACUUUAAGAAAUUUAAACCUUCCAGAUUUUAAGAUGAACGAAACUUAUCAUGUGCUGCGAAUUCUGCCUUUUGUCAUUUAUAUACCUAAGGCCUUAAAAGUGACAAGCCAUUUUCUGUGAUUUUUGUCACGGAAAACAAUAAAUUAAAAUUAUCAAAAUUUUUGUUUACAGAGGUUUAAAAUUUUAAGUUUUUCUGAUCUUAUAAUAAGAAUAAAAAAUAAAAAUUGCUGACCGUUUUUCUUAUUAUUGAAUUUCUGACAAAUGAAAAACACGAUUUCUGAGCGAUAAAUUUCUGAUCAAUGCCGAAAUUGCUGGCAAAUAAAUUUAUGAUAAUUAAUGGCCACUCAACUACAUAAAACUGACUUCGGCUUAUGAAGCAAUGUUACGCUUCCAACGUAACUGAAUAAACACUGACCAAUUGUUAACUUGGUACUUUUAUUUUACAAAAAAAAGAAAAGAACAAUAUCAACACGUAAUUUUAGCAUUCUUUAAAUUAUUUUUAAUGAAUUUUAAAUUUUGCCAAUUUUGAUUCACGGUUAUUUAUUGACUCAUGAGCAUUCGACAUUUACAUGUUAAUGCACACUUACUAAACUAAAAAUACACUGAAAUAAUAAAUCACAUUUUCCUCAUUGUUGCGUACUCCACAAAACUUAUGCGCGGCAUUUUCAAUUUUGAACUUUAUUAUAACACUUAUCUAGCAAUCAAAUAUCCAUAAUUUCAUUUUAUCAAUUUAAAAAAUAUUUUAGAAGAAAGUUUUUUAAAGAAUGAAACUAUUUAAAAGGUUUUUUAAUUUCAGGGACCCUUUUUUUGUACCUGUUACAAAUUUUUCUACUAAAAAAUUAGUUAGCCUUAAUGCUAACAACCCCCCCCCCUCCAUUAAUUCUAUGAGUAAAUAAAAAAAAACCUACUUGGUUACAUGUCUGCGCCUCGGGCUCCUGCGGUGGAGAAUAGCCGAGGCGGUUUACUUGCGCGUAUUUAUGAACUAUAAAAUCAUAACCUGAGCAAGCAGAGGGCGCGAGUGCUAUUCUCUCACAAAUUUGGGACUUAAAGUCGCAUUUUUUAAAAAUAUUAUCCUUUUUUUCUUCAAUAUAUAAGUUUACAAUAUAUUUUUGUAAUAAUUAUGGUAAAGGAUUGGCCUAUUGCAAUACAAUAGUGACAAUAUCACUAACUACACUAACGUGUUGAAUUGACGAAUGGUAAAGUUUUUGCUCAUAAAUUGUGAAUUCACUUAUCAAAUCUGCAUAGCCGAGACAAAAGAAUCAUAUUUUGAACCAGGGGGGAAAUUUUAAUUUAUAAAGAAUUUCUUUCUGUACGAAUUUUUAUUCAGUAAUAUAUGUUGUUUUGAUUAUCUAAUUUUGAUUGAUGUAGAUAUUGGAAAAAUUUUUAUCAAAAAUUUAGCUACAUGAACACUUCAGAGCGCAGGUAAAUGUUUUGUUUUAACUUUUAACCCCAAAUAGCAUGCAGGAUGUGACGGUGUGAUGGCCAUCGCCAGUUUCCAAACUUCGGUGAGCCAGACAAAGAGAAACAGUUGUGUGAGUUGCUUGCCUGCUGUUAAAAAAUUAGUGAAAAACGCAGAAAUUUAUAAAUUUGUUGACAUUCUUGGGUCAAAUAAUUUUUGCGUACUUAAUUUUAUUCUGGGCCAUCGUUCUGGCAGGUCAGCGAAAUGUCGAGGGUGGUCAUGCAAAAUUGGAACUCGCAGAUCAGCCCGGUUGUCAAAAAUUGUGAAUAGGCGCACAAUUAUAAUCAAGUGCUGCGGUCUGAAAAAGUGUUCUGCUUCAAGUGCUGCAGCCUCAAUUGACAAGCACCACUCACAACAAACACAUAAACAGGAAAAUUUUACUGAAUCAAGAAGUAGCUCGAGGGCCAAUUAUCAUUCCACCGAAACAAAAAUGACGGACUCUGAAGCAACAACCGAUUCUACAGGAACACUAGUUGGCCCGGAAACGUCUGCUUCUGCAUCGGCAUUAAUUGAUUUUUCAGACUCGAGCAUCCAAAGUACUGCAGUAACGUAUUCUACCUCAGAAGCCACUGCUUCAUUUGUUGCGACGAACUCGACUACGUCAACCACAACGGAACAAAUUGCUACUUUUUCAACGACAACAGCAUCAACUUCAACUACAGCAACAGCACCAACCGCGACUUCAACUGCAUCUUCAUCAAAUGAAAUUUCAACAACACCAGAAACUUCAAAAACUAUAAGCCCGGCGCUCGUCGGGAAAUGUAACCCGGACACAAACGCUGUCACCAACCGUUCACUCUUUUCAACCAACGGCUUGUUGACUAAUCCAGACCUGCACGGAUUCUGGCUGGACGCGUGCGGCCUGACUCUGUUGCUCGGAAAGUCGCUGGGAACUUGGAAUGAAAACUCGGCCAAGUGUUUCGGUCUCAACAUGCAGCCGUUCACCCUCGAGAGCAAAGAUAAACUAGAUUGCAUGAACCUCCAAGGUUUGAUUUUAGAUAAAACAAUUUUUACUUUUAAUUUUAUGUUGAGUAAAGCAAAAGACUGGAAAUUUAACAUGAACUACUGGACCGGCGGCACCAAGGACGUGGCGAGCGGCGCCUUCGGGUGGUGCUCGGCCAACGGCAGCGCACCCUGGCAGGACUUCCUCCCCCUGGCAAACCUGGCCAGUGACCAUAAUUGCGUUCAAAUGCACAUUUCAAAGGCAAACGCAUCCGUUUCGGUCAACGACAGGCGGUGUUCGGACAGAUUCAUUUUCGCCUGCCAGGGUCCUCCAACGGCGGCUCCUAGCUUUCCACAGUGCCAAACCCCAAUUUGCACGAAAUUCGCUUGUCAGAAAGAUCCAAACCUUUUCACAUCGACGGACAAUGGAAAGACAAUGACGCUGAAUAAUUUCACCUUGCACGGCCGAUUAUUUUCGCAAAAACUGCGCUCCUAUCUCUUCAGUCAUAAGAACGACUCAAGAACUUACUUGGAAGCAGCAAAAGCGUGCUGCGCUCUGGGCAUGUCUCUGCUGAGUUUGGACGGGAAUCACAAGUACGACGCUUUGGCCAACAUCGCCAACACAGACGACAUGAAUUCAGAGGCCCAAAACUUGACCAUGUGGACGUCGGGGUCGGACGAGGGUUGCGAGUCGGUUUUCGGAUUCUGUUCGGCCAAACGGAUGUUCCGCGACGAGGCCAAGUGGCUGCCUGGACAGCCGGACAACGCAGGGGGAAAUGAGAACUACGUGGCCGUCCACAUUUGGCGCCAACGGGGACAGGUUUUGCUCGCCGACUACGACGGACAGACCAAGUUCAGAUACAUUUGCGAAAAAAGGCUCAAUCCGCAGUCAAAGAGCGGCAAGCAGGCGAUCACGGACGAAUGUUCUCUGAUUUACAACAUAACUUCGGCUGAAAUUGACUUACUGCAGAAUGCGACGAAUUUGGAUUUGCGGAUGAAAUGCUUCGUGCAAUGCGUUGGUGACGCUGUGGAUCUCUUAGUCGGAGGGAAAUUUGUGGAAAGCAAGGUUUUUGCAAUACUCGAGUCCAUGGCUAUGCUCAACGUUGACGGGCUGAUAAAUAACAUGGCGAUCGUGGACGAAUGCAACAACAAAACUUACGGGAUGGACUUGUGUGACAAGGCGUACCAGUUGGCCAAGUGCGCCCGAGACAAAUCGCCAGCGGUUUUCGACCAAAUCAUCAAAGACCUGGACAAUCAAACGACAGAGAACGAUCUACUCAUCCCCAAAGGCUACGGCUGCGCAUAUUCUGCGAACCAAACUUGCACCGUCAACGUGGCGUUGAGAGACAACAUAGCGGCACUAAAUCUCAACGCUUCAACGUGCGUUGACUUUGUCAACCAAUCGUGGGUGUGCAAAUGCAGCGAUUUGAAGCAAUAUUACAUAAGCUUCCGAAAUAGUAUGUAUUUUCCAUACAUUGACGCAGUGAAGUUCUGCUGCGAACGAGGAUUGCAAAUGUUGUCGCCGCAGAAUUUCGUCAAUGCCGUAAAUUGUUUGCGAGUGCAGAUUCCACAUCCCUACGCUAGCUACUUGUACACAUUGUUGAAUGCGGCUGCGGUCGACUUGACCACAGGAUUCAGCUUCGACUGCGAAAGCCAAACCAGCUUUUCGCCGCAGCAACUGGGCUUCGUCUUGAAUUAUAACGCGUCCGGUGCCUUCGGCAGUGGACCGGUGAUCGCUUUUGGCACCCACAACCAAGGCACGCCAAUGAUUAGGUUUGUUCAACCAAACGCCGUCAAUAGCUUCAUAUGCGGGGAAAUUUAAAAUUCGAGCGAGGAAAAAUUAAAGUGCGGAGAAAAUGUGAUUUAACAGUAAAUAAAAAUGUUGUGAUUUUUAUUGUAAUUACAGAUUUGAAGAAAAAUAAAUUAUC